AUCCUCCGAUUCCCUUCCUUGUCUCACUUCCCUGAGCUCCCCGGGCGGAGGCGCCGCUUUGAAUUGUCCGCCGAGCACUGUGUGCAGGAGGUGGACCGGCCGGGGGAGAAUGGCGGCCUCCAUGGGCGCUGUGCUGCACUGGGACACUCUGGAGCAGAGGAAACACAAGGGGCAGAAUCUCUACUAUGACCUCUUCCACUGGAAGCUGCUGCAGCUCCCGCCAGAUGUGCACAGGUUCUGCGACCCCCUUCUGUCCGCCCCCCGCAGGAAGGAACUUCUCCACCUUCUACGGAGCCUGGAGGAGGAAUCGAGCUGUCAGCGCCUGCAGAUCCUCUUCUCCUUCUCUGUGCCCAGUCCACAGGUGCUGGACCUUAUGUGUGCUCUGCACUGCCCCUUGGUGUCUGCAGGAGCGGGCACUGGCUACUGGGAAUUUUUACUGCAGAGUCGUGGGCUUGACGUGGUUGCUUUUGACCAAAAUCAAAUUUUUCCACCUGAGAUGCGUUACACAGAGAUCAUGACUGGAGGUCCUGAGCUGUUAGAGAAUUACCCAGACAGAGCCUUAUUCCUUGCCUGGCCGGAUGCAGAUGAAUCUUCACGUUUUUCUCUGGAUUGUCUGGCUUACUUUAGGGGACACACACUGUUCCAUGUGGGUGAACUGCUUGGCGAAACGUUGUCUUCCAAUCCCUGGGGGCAGUCCACGUCACGUGACUUCCAGCUUGCAUUGGCUGAGGAUUUCUGCUGUGUGAAGAGGUUACGGCUGCCCAACUGGCCAGGGCAUGUUGACUCAUUCACUGUGUGGAAAAGGAAAAACCCUCAAUUUGUGCUGUGUGAUGGUGCCCAUUUCCAGUAUGUAGCUACACAGCUGGAAGUAGAUCAGUAAAAAAAAAUAACACAACACAUGAAUUUCAUGUCUGCAGAUUCAAUACAGCUUCCAUCGGAAUGUGACUUGACAAUCGUCUGUGUAUUCCUGUGCCUACCCUACCUCCACCUAUUUAUAGGAAGAUCUUCCGCUGUUUGUACAGUUGUGAAUGUAAAACUUCUUCAAUGUUAUCGAAAUCACCCUUUUGGGGAUGCCUACGCAAUUUCAGUGAACCUCUCCACCCAAUGCUAAUAUUUUCAUUAUGGGUGUAAAUUGUUAGGCUGAAGCACAUAUCAGCUGCUUAAUUACCCUUUAAAGUCCCACCCAGAAGAACACUCUCCCCUUUGCAAACAAAUCCGGGGAUGUGGGUAGUUUUUCCUCUCUCUUGGUUAACCAGCACCAUUCUAUAAUAUCAGCUGCUUAAAGUUCACCAAGCCUAAGGGGCACCAUUAUUUUUUAGGGUUUAGUUUCACCCUAUUUUCUACAAAAUUACAUUUUCACCUACUUAUAAAACACGGAUGUAGUAAGUGGUAUCGAUGAAUUGCCAGUGAGAAAAAGCCAAAAAACUUGUUUAGAAAACAUGGAAACAAUUUCAUUAGCUUCAUCCAAGUCAAUCUCCAGAUUCUAUUGAAAAUGUUGGAUCACACCAUGUUAAGGCUUCUAUAAUGGACAAAGUUUUUAAAUAGGACCUGAACUCUGGAAACUGCAUCCAAAAAGGGAGAUAGAAAACAAAGGACUAGUCACCAGUAUUGCCUGAGGGUUCCUUGCAGCUGAUCAUUUCUCCAUUACUGACUUACCAUGCCAUGUUGUUUACUGUGUCUCUGUGUAGGGCGGCCAUAUUUAUUGAGGCAGGGCUUUCCUUCCUUAUAUCAGAGCCUCCAGCAAGGAGAGCAGUGAGCAGCACAGUAGCAGCAUCACCAAAUCUCAUGAGACCAGCAGUCAAAAACAGCAGAGCCUUAGAUCUCACACCACAGAUAUAAAGCAACAAGGUUGCUGGAACAUGCCUAGACACCCUCAUACACAAGCAAGUGGCCUGCUAUUUUUCAAGAGGAAUUCCAGACAAGAGGUAAAUGUUUCAGGGUACUGCUUUGGCACAGUUCAUAUUUUUAAAUGUUCCCCAUUACUUACAAAAUCUUCACUUCUUGAGUUCCUGUCAAUGCGCUUUGAAAUGAUUUGGAAUGCAGUGGUUGAAUUUUGGCUUAGAUUAUAUGGAGCAGUGCAAAUCUGGGUUAACAGAGCAUGUCCUAUGCUGCUUCAUUACCUGAUUUUGCCCUCAUACUGUUUUUUUGCCAUUCUGUGAAUGCAAAUAAAAACCAGCAAGUCAGGAAGAAAUCAAAGGCGGGUCACAAGCAACUCAAAGUGAUCUCAAACUUAAUUUUUUUUUCUAAAUUACCUAAAAAUAUGCUGCAUUUGAUUUGCAUCUGACAUGAACGCACAUACUGAGAGUUGGAUAUAGGCAAAAAAAUAGAUUUUGCAGUUUGUUUUGGUGAGUUAAAAUGUGCUAAAGGGAAAAUCCCCAACCUGGGAAAAAUUUUUGCCUAUAGAACCUAUUGCAGAAUUUUGAGACCUAAAUUAGAAAAAUAAGGGCUGCGAGGAGAUCUCGCCUUCGUACUUCUGAUCAGUUUUAAUGAAAUACAAGGUGCUUUACCUACUGGGAUACAACCAUAACUAACAAAUACAUGUUUUAGGUGUAGUCUUUAAAGUGAACUUGUCAAUCAUUUUAAAUAUGUAAAAAAAUAUUAUUAAGAGUAGACUAUGUAAGAUGCCCUUUCUGUGUGCUUCAUUAAAAUUUAUUUAAUUUGGUUACUUGGGGACCUGACUUUGUGGCCAACCCCCCACCCACAGCUGCUUAUCACUUGUCUUAUGAGAGUAACUUCUAGUAACCAAAUUUAAAUCAGUUUCAGAGGGAAACAAAGAAGAGACCUUUUUGACUAAGGGCGUCAUCUGAUGACCAUUUUGGAGGUUACCCAGCUCUACCUGCAUGGUUUGUAUGUGCACUUGGUUUUACCAGUCACGGAGCAAAGGAUCUAAAUAAGAAUGUCUAAUGAAAGUACAGUUUGGAUACCCUCUUAAAAGGCCAUCUACAUAAGCACCAACAAAGGCAGUAGUGGACAGCUAACACUUUUUUCUAUUAGAACUUUACUUAAAAUUGAUGCAAGUUUCACUUUAAAGAUAACAUUUCAUUCAGUUUUGUUCAACAUUGACAUAACAUUUAUACAUUUUCUACUCAAGCCACAUUAACAUUUAUUAUGUACCCAUUUCAGUUUGUAGCUGUCCACUGGUUUCUGGAACUACCAGAAAAAAGUUUUUUGCUUCUGUACAACCAGGGCUCGGUACUCCUUUUUAUACUUGGGGAUUCCCAAAAUAAUCAUGCCUCUGCUUUAGUAAUUGGCUCACUGUUUUGUCUAAAGAUCUGAAAAGAACUCAAAGGGACUCUGUCGCU